ACGAUGAGAAGACAACGCGCAGGUCUAGCGUGUGAGAAGUGUCGAGCAUUAAAAGCCAAGUGCGAUGGACGACAGCCUGUGUGCGCCCGGUGCGAGGGUUACGGGUUCGACUGCGUCUGGCCCACAAGACGGCGAGGAGCAGCCGGGACAACAACACGCCCUGGGGGUCUUCGCUUACUCGCACAGGCAGAAUUACAGCAGGAUGGACCGGACCGGACAGAGUCUCCGGCUGGAACGCCGCAGCCGACGUAUGUGGCGAUGGUUGGAAUGUACGAGGCGUUGAUCCAGGAAGUACGUGGGCAUUUAGACAGUAUCCAGCAGGGUGCUCUUGAUGAAGGACUACGCAAUAUCCGACGGCUGGCGAGUCGUGGCGUUCGUGUACAGAGUACUAGCAGACUAGAGGAGGAGACGACAGCCUCGUCGCCCACUUAUGUCGGCAAAGCAAGCGAGGUGCAUUUCAUCCACAGUAUCCGGCAGUGCGUGCAUGGCACCGACACUUCAAACACGGGGGACGGCAUUCAAGCUCAGAGUUACAGCCAGACAGACGUUACGGACGGGCUGGCGGACCUGAGGUAUCCCCUGUUGGUGCCGUCGAAUACGGAAGCGGCUCAGUUCCUUGACGUCUACCUGUCAACCAUCCACAUUGCGUAUCCGUUUCCCUCAAAGGCUAUAUUGUACGAGGCAUUCGAGCGCUUUCAGAACGGGGACGUCCAGGAGCCCGAGUUUCAACCGUCAUUGGCAUUAUUCAAUUUCAUCUUUGCCAUUGGAUCGUAUUAUACCUCGUUCCUCCACGGAAAGCACUCGGUCUCCCGGGACCACUUUCGAUACUAUGAACAGGGGCUCUACUAUUCCCGAGAACUCAGGGCAGAUUGCUCCCUCAUCAACAUCUGGGCGUUGCUGGUGCAGUGCUUCUUCCUACUUGCAGUCUGCCAUACGGAUCGCUGCUGGAAUACCCUUGGCAUGGCCAUUCGGAUGGGUCAAAGCAUUGGACUCCACGUCGAGUCACCUCCCAGUGGGAGUUCCAAACAGCCAUGGAUGGCAGACCGUGCACACUGGCGCCGGACAUGGUAUUCAAUGUACAACUUGGACAGAUUACUGGCCCUGCAGCUUGGAAGACCGAUGGCUAUCCACGAAGCUGAUUUCCGGGUGGAAAUGCCGGCCGCAACCGACCUGUCACCCUUUGACCCACCAGGGAAGGGCGACGCCGAGCAGGGUCAGAACAAGCUCUCUGGUCGUGGAUGCAUGAUGGACUAUUUUGUGCAUGUGAUACAUUUCUCGCAUAUUGUCGGUCUGGUCGUACGGGAGCUCUAUCGCCCAUCACAAAUUGAUCUUUCUCCAGAUCAGAUGCUGUACAGCGCGUCUGGGCUCGAUCGGCGAUUAACGGAGUGGAAAGAAAGUCUCCCGCGGCAUCUGAGGUUCGACCUUGGCCACACGUUUGAAAAGUCCAUCUCAUUUCGACGACAGAGGAAUAUGCUAGCUGUGAAAUUCCACCAUCUCCGUGCUCUGAUCCACCGCCCGUUUCUGUGUCUCCCGAUGCUGCAGAUGAACAACCAACUGUUCAUGAACCUUCUUCUUCGCAACAAGGAGCGCAUCUCCGAGGCGGAGUCGAUCUGUCUCCACGAAGCCCAGCAAACGGCCCGUCUGCUGCACAAUGUCGUCGACGAGGCUGCUCUUGUCCACGAUUUUCCCUGGUGGCAGAUGAUCUCGUGUCUGAUAUGCGCUAGUUCCAUCCUCUUCGUCGCCGAGGGGUUUUACGGCCACACCAAUAGUCUGCUCGACGGCCGGACAAUGCCGCAGGGUCUGCGUGAAGACGCUGAGACCUGUCUGACAGUAUUUGAAGCUCUGAGCGUCAACUCGGCCGCAGCCAAACAGGCGGCGAAUAUGCUGGAGGGGCUAUCACGCAUGCGCCGAGCGGAUGUUCAUGCUCCGACUGUUCUACCUACUGCAGAAGUAGAUCCGAAUCCUCUUCCAUCCCCGUAUCUGACGGGCGACAUGUCCAUGCUGUGCGAGUGGCCCAGUGAGAUCUCGAGCGCGAUGGAGUGGUCUACGCGUUUCUUAGAUUACCCUCUUGUGCCUCCAGAUUCAGAUCUGCCAUAGCACUAGUAUAUAUGGAUAUCAGAUGAUAGUAUUACUCGUCCGGCUAAUACGGAUCUCACGGUCUAGCGGGAAGCAGUGACGUCACAGCCAGAUAUCUACAAAUAGUCAGCACUAUCAAAUUAGUAUGCCUGGAGUCUUGAACACUUUUUAGCCUAACUGGUUUAGUGUCACAUUGCCAACAUACUUAGGCAGACUCCAGCCAGAAUAGACUUACUGCAUACUCAGGUUCCACUGCACUUCCGUAAUGCCAUCUCAAAUUCCCUCUAUCCCUUCUCCCACCGACCACGAACCACUAGCUAUCCACGAUUCAAAGACAGCAGGUGCAUCUACAUAUUUUCUCAAUUCUAUAUAUAAAAAAAAUCCUUAUCCUAGAGUACUAAAUUUGUGCGAACUUCUAGAAAACGAAUGCCGGAUCUGCUUUGAAGAUCUGCUCGAACCCUUUGCCCACCAGUUACCCUGCGGGCAUAUCUUCCACCGCGACUGCGCUGAUCGCUGGC